GCGCGGCCCUUCGCGCCGCUGCAGGCCGGGCGCGGCCCCUCGUCGGGCUGCUGGGGGCUCGUAGCCGGUCGGUUACACCUCAGCGGUUAUCAGACCAGAAACUGCCCAACGGAAACCCGGCUGCUGCUGCGGCGCGGGCACGUGGGUUUCCCCUGCCCUGUUGAAAAAACAGUUGUUAGGCAGCUGCCAGUGAGGUGCGGCUGUCGCCUUUCCAGAGCAGCCUUAACAAGACCAGGAACAGCCUCUGUCGCCGUGGUUCUCAACCUGCUCUAUCGCGUCCCUGGUGGGAGGAAGCACAAGUCCUGGCUUCCCUCUGGAAGAGUAAAGUGGGGGGGGGGGGGGGUUAGCACCUUCUCUUCCCGUUUCAUUGGCCUGCACAAAGGGGCUGGAAAGGUGUGAAAGCGGGAGAAAUCUACAGUUUAAUAGAAAUUGAUUUUAUAGGGUAUGUCUAUACUACCGCCAGAUCCGCGGCCAGCGAUCGAUCCAGCGGGGGUCGAUUUAUCGCAUCUAGUCUAGACACGAUAAAUCGAUCCCCGAGCGCUCUCCUCUCGGCUCCUCUGCUCCAGCAAUGCGGCGAGAGGCGGAGGCAGAGUUGACAGGGGUGUGGCCGCAGUGGACUCAGCUCAGUGAAGACACCUAGCUGAGACAAUGACAAACACCGAAAGGAAUCCCAUGCAGCAAAUGAUUUCUCAGCUGCACAGUUUUGCUGCUACUGGAGACAAGAUCAGGUUGACAGCACUGUGCAGUCAUUCUCCAUCCCUUAUCAAUGAAGCUGCUGAGAAUGGUUGGACAGCCUUGAUGUAUGCUGCCAGAAAUGGACACUUUGAGAUUGUGCAGAUUCUUCUUGAAAAAGGGUGUGACAGGUCCAUUGUCAAUAAAUCAAGCCAGACUGCACUAGACAUUGCUAAAUUUUGGGGGUAUAAGCAUAUAGCUAAUUUACUAGCAAAUGUUAAGGGUGGACAGAAGCCUUUUUUCCUGCCAAAUGAUGCAAUAGAGCAUGAAAAUUAUUUUAGCAGGACACUUCUGGAUAGGAGGAGUGAUAAAAGAACAGAUUCUAAAUGGUUAAACACAAAACAAAACCAUCCAGCCACCGUAUACAUCCUUUUCUCAAAUUUAAACCCAUUGGUCACUUUGGGUGGAGGGGAAGAUGGUUCCCAGCAGCCUGAAGUCAAGCUUUGCAGGCUGUGCCACAAGGAUGUAAAGGAAUACAUGAGCCAGACUGAAGAAGUCACCUUGAUUUUUCUUGGAGUAGAACUUCAGUUGGCUACUCUGAGUGGAGGAGUUCUGAAGGAAGAUGAAGAAGAUGGACUGGUUGCUUGGUUUGCCCUAAGCAUAAAUGCUACCUUUGCUGAACAGUUUAAACAGAAGCAUGAAGACUGUUAUUUUCUUCAUCCUCCAAUGCCUGCACUGCUGCAGUUGCCUGAAAAAGAAGCUGGAGUAGUAGCCCAGGCUAGAUCUGUUCUAGCAUGGCAUAACCGAUACCAAUUCUGCCCAACAUGUGGCAGUGCAACCAAGAUUGAAGAAGGAGGCUACAAGACGACCUGCGUAAAAGAUGACUGUCCCAGUCUUCAAGGAGUUCACAAUACAUUGUAUCCAAGAGUUGAUCCUGUAGUGAUAAUGCAAGUCCUUCAUCCAGAUGGGAACCAGUGCCUUUUAGGCAGGCAGAAGAGGUUUCCUCCUGGCAUGUUUACCUGCCUUGCUGGAUUUGUAGAGCCUGUGAGGUGCAAAGGAGGCUCCUUGAAGAGAGGAAGAAUGUGUCAGAGGGAAACAAUAGAAGAUGCUGUUCGAAGAGAAGUAGAGGAGGAGAGUGGAGUCAAAAUUGGCCAUGUUCAGUAUGUCUCUUGUCAACCAUGGCCAAUGCCCUCCUCCCUAAUGAUUGGUUGCUUAGCUGUUGCAGUAUCUACGGAAAUUAGAGUUGACAAGAAUGAAAUAGAGGAUGCCCGUUGGUUCACUAGAGAACAGGUCGUGGACGUUCUCAUUAAAGGAAACCAGCGUUCUUUCUUUGUGCCACCAAGUCGAGCUAUUGCACACCAGUUGAUAAAACACUGGAUUGGAAUGAAUGCUAACCUUUAAAUUCAAGGAACUGAGUUCUUUGAGUUAAAUUACUGUUUCCAGUGACUGAUAAUGUAAAUAAAUUAGAAAUAAUUGGUCAUUUA